CUAACCUACUAAAACCUCUGCGGCUCUGCCCCCAACAUUUUCACAGGCGGCCUAAACCCUUCAACUGCCACCGCUAGCCACCACUUUUCUAACCUUCCUCAGCCGCGCUUUUUAUGAACCUCUCAACUUAACAUUUCAUCCCAUUUCUCGAAACAUGAGGUGGCGUUUUUCCCGACUGGGUUCCCAAUACCUCAUUCGCCGCCGUUCCCAACAACUUCUCCGGGCCGGAAAUCCGACCCCUCAUUUCCACACCCUGAAACCUUCGCACUCAAAAUCCAAUCUUUCGAGAACCCACUUCCCAAUCGCCUCAAAUUACACAACUUCAGCUCCGGAAACGAAGCCAAUUUCAUCGGAGGCAGUGCUGGGCAUCGUGGAUGAGAUUUCGGGUCUCACGCUGCUGGAAGUCUCCGAUUUGACGGAGACGCUGAGGAAGAAAAUGGGGGUUGAGGAGAUGCCGGUGAUGACGAUGAUGAUGCCCGGAAUGGGGUUUAGUCCCGGAGGUUUGAAGGGCAAGGGAGGCGCCGCCAAGGCUGAGGAGAAGGCGGAGAAGACGGUGUUCGAUUUGAAGCUGGAGGGCGGGUUCGAUUCCGGGGCGAAGAUCAAGAUUAUUAAGGAGGUUAGAUCUUUCACUGACCUUGGAUUGAAAGAAGCUAAAGAAUUGGUGGAGAAGGCUCCGGCUGUUUUGAAGAAGGGGGUUACUAAAGAGGAGGCUGAGAAGAUCAUUGAGAAGAUGAAGGGGGUUGGUGCAAUAAUCACCAUGGAGUGAGCUAGCAUCGUCAACUGGAGCACGAUGGUGUUAUGGAGAGUUAUACAGAUUGGCAUUUGGUGGUGUUUCACUCAGGGAGUUGGAGUACACUUACUAUGGUCAAAGUCUUCAAAACGAAGUUUUGGUUUUAGUUUUACUGACCUAGAACUUACCUUUCACUUCCUCCUCUUAUAUUUUCAUUUAUGAAUAAUGAAAACCACAUUGAAGCUCUUUGGUUGGGAGUUUUUCAUUGUCAUGACAGGAUUGAUGGAAUAUUCUGUGAUUAUCUGCAAGUCUGUAACCUGUAUGAUAGUGACAUUUGAUGGAUUAUAGUAGCAGCAGCUUAUACCAACAUUUUCUUUUCUUCUCUCA